AUGGCAUCUCAAUCGCGCUUCAUCCCCGAACCAAAAACCCUAGCAAUCGUCGGUUGUCCUUUCAGUCCCGAUUUCAAGCCAAAGGCAGGAGUAGAUCAGGGACCCAUCCAUCUCGUUGAAGCUGGCCUCAUCGGUCAAUUGGAAAACCUAGGGUGGAAAGUAGUUUUCGACGGUCACCACCAGUUCGAAGAAAUCAAUGCCCUCCACGAUCCACCCAUUGGUAUUCUCAAGAAUCCGAGGCUCGUGUCUCGGGUCACCCAAUCCGUUGCCCAGGUAGUCGGUGAGCAUGCCGCCAAGGGGCAGCUGCCUGUAACUCUUGGUGGGGACCAUUCAUUGGCGAUGGGAACAAUCUCAGGGACACUCUCAAAAUACCCCGACGCAUGUGUUGUAUGGAUCGACGCCCACGCGGAUAUAAAUACCGUCGAUUCUACAGAAUCUGGAAAUAUACAUGGCAUGCCCGUUUCGUUCCUUCUUGGAAUUGGGUCCAAAGUGGAAGAGUUUUCAUGGGUCAAACCUAUCUUGAAAGCCAACCGACUUGUUUACAUUGGUCUACGAGAUGUUGAUGCUGGUGAAAAGAAGAUACUACGAGAUAACAACAUCAAGGCUUUUAGUAUGCACGAAGUUGAUAAGUAUGGCAUCGGGAAGGUUGUUGAAAUGGCUUUGGAUCAUGUCAACCCGGGAAGAGACAAGCCUAUUCACUUGAGCUUUGAUGUGGAUGCUUUGGAUCCUAGUGUUGCUCCAUCCACUGGCACCCCAGUUCGAGGAGGAUUAACUUUUCGUGAAGGACACUACAUAUGUGAGGCUAUUUACGAGACCGGGUUGCUUGUCGGCCUUGAUUUGAUGGAAGUAAACCCGUCGCUUGCCGACCAAGCGAGCGUAGAACAGACGGUGGCAGUAGGAUGCUCCCUGUUGCGAUCUGCUCUAGGCGAAACCCUCCUCUGA